UGUGAUCGCGAGGGCCCGCAACGAUGGUCCCAGGUCCUCGGACCGCGUGCAGUCAGUCCGAGGUGAGCUGGGAGCUGGCAUGUCGAGUAUCGUGCAUCGCGAGUUAUCAGCGAGUUGAGCAUCCCUCGAAAAAUCACUCAAGCCUGGGAUAACGUUCGCGAUCCGAUUCCGAGAUUCCGUAUGAUGAGAUCAGAUUGAGCGCAAUGAUAUCGAGAUAUUUCGUGUUCGCCGCAGCUUUAGCGUAUGUUGCAGUGUCUGCUGCACAAGUUUACAAGAGCUAUCCCUUGGAUUCGACUCCAGCGACUGAAUCAGUAGCUACGAAUAAUGACUUUAUCACGCAGACGGUCUACGGAUUUCUGGAUUUUACCACGACACUCGGUAACACGGUGAUGGUCUUCAGUCCUCAAAGCGCCCCAGCAGAAGGGGUCUCCGGUAAGAAGACCGCAUCUUCUACGCCACCGAUUCAUACAAAGCCGACGGAACAGCAGCAGCAAAAGAAGAAUGUUCCCGACAUCCAACCCAGCAAAACUCACAAGGUCGAAAUUCAGGAUGGCGAGACGAAGAAGCAGAUAAAGGGAACGAAAAUUGUCGUAAAUUCUGUGGUCGAGCAAAACCUGGGGAACCCGUCCGAAAAUGCUGCGCCGAAGACGACGAAGAAACAGGAGCCAAAUAAACAAGCAGUAACGAAGACACCAAUAUUAUCGUCAACGGUUCAAGUACGUGCUAAGGAUGAAGCUCUAGGUGUGAAAAAUAAUCUCGCUGAACCGGAAUACGAUUUCCUCUCAAAACAGCCGACGGAAGUGAUCGAUGAAACUUACAAAUUGAUCAACCUGCGACCCUCGUCGAAGGCUCAUCACAAGCCGCGCGCCACCGCAAGAAGAGACAAGGAGAACCCGACAGGCCUGGUGACUAAGCUUGGUGGCACCGUCGUGAAGGAUGGUCUCACCACCGUGCACGAGACCAGUGUAAUCGGCACCUACAUCAACGGCAAGUACGCCCAGGUGCUGCAGAGCUCAUCGAGAAUCCUGAGAGAGCCGGUGAUCGAAGAAAAGAUUCAUCCGUCCAGCACGACUCGAAUCCUGAAGACCAUCGGUCCGCAUCAUGGCAAGCUUAAGCCCCAGCUGGAGCCCACUCCGACCUAUCAGCAGGAAGAGUCCUCAUUACCCUUAGAGAAUCUCUUUAACGCACCCUCCGACACUCCAAUACGAACAACGCGAAGGCACUCGACCUCCAAUAAUCAGCUCAAGCCCAAAUUCCGAAACAAGAUUGCCGAUGAUUACGAAAAUAUCGAGCCACAACAACAAGCGAGGACCGGCAAAAAUCGCUUGACGACAACUCGUCCAAAUUACAAGAAUCGUCCUAUAACUACCACCAGCACCACAGAGACACCAAUUAGUCGCCGUCGCAGCGGUUUUCGACCGAGCAGUCAAUCCAUCAAUUCGCUCUCGAAGCAAACAACCAAGUCAAAGAAUAGCGAUCAGCAACCCUCACCAACGGCCAGUCUUCCGGUGCCGAAGGUGAAGCUACCAAGAACGCAAGGUCGCUGGUCGUACAAGACUACGCCGAAGCCUAGGAUCAUGAUCCGCAAACAGGUGGACGACGAGGAUCUACGAUCAUCAACGACCGAGUCUACGAACACGGAGUCUUUCGUGGUAGCCUCGGACGAACAGAGCAAGUUGACAGCGACGACGAAUAACGCGGCUCCAACCUCGUCCGGCGGCGUCGUCAACAUCGCCCAGAGGAAGGAAUUGUCCUUCACAGAAGACGAGUUAGAUCCCAGUGAGAGCGAGGAUGUAGCCAGUGUCAGUGUGCAGCAGGAUCAAAAUGGAGAGCAGAUCCUUCCGAUAGAGACGCUCAACGUGGAGAUCUCCACCGCGGCGGAUCUCGACAACGUGUAUUUCGAGAUCGCCACUAUCAAGUCGCCGUACUCUUUCCAGGUGGGAACACUUCGAAAUACCCGCUACAUCACAGUGACUUCUACAAUUAAGAAGACUUUCGCGACGGUCGAGCCAACCAGUUCCAUCUCACCUACUGAACCGCUCACGGAGAAUAUCCUGGCGAACACGGCAGCUGCUUAUGAGUCGACUUUGCCGCUCGAUUCGUCCGUUGCAACGCUACCGGCAAUCUCCUUGGAUGCCAGCCAGGCGACACCGCCGUUAGAAACGCUAACAGAGACGUUCUCGACGACGCAGACGUUGUUGAAGACACACAUGUUACCAGUGAUUUAUGGCGGCAACAGCACCACUCGUUUGACUCUGGUACAAACGUACAACAUUGCCCGAAUGGUGACAGCGACGAAAACUCUACCGCCGAUGGAAAUCUACCAGUUCAUCCCGAGCAAGACACUGAACGAGUUUAAUUCGAAGCUCGACGAAGCCGGUAGCGAGCUGCAUCUCGAGCUUGACUUCAGCGAAGAUGAUCGUGAUGACGAGGAUGUGCUCAAGAGGAUAGUGGCGCCUAGCAGCGAUUCAGAUUCCGAUCUGGAUAUCUUCAAGUCCACAUUAGCGUCCAAAGCCAAGAGUGACAUCGCGACCAGCAGCAGUGUCGAACCCCAGCUUACUCCGGAACAAGCCCAACAGUUGGCCCUGCUGAAAUAUUUUGGUCAGCCCCAACCGCAACCUCAAAUCAUCACCACGUCCAGGCCGGUGGUCGUCCUGGAAACGAUGUACGAAUCGCAUGUGAUUCCCGUAGUGAGCGCGGGAAAUACCAUUUACUCGACGUUGUCCAGGCCAGUUGCCACUGUACCUAGGACCUCCUACGAAUACGGCACAUCCACUCUGAGUCCGGUGCUACAGCCGCAAGUGCCACAGGUGCCGCAGGUGCCGCAAGUGCCGUUGUUCCCGCAGCAGCCACAGUUUACGGUGACAAGCGCGCCUCUGGUCACUCAGACUCUUGCCACUAUAUCGGAUUCGCGAGUAUUAAAGCUCACCUUCGGUGCUAAAACCGCUUAUACCACCCUCUUCUCCACGAGGGUCGUACCCACAGAGCUCACCACCUAUGUCACCAACACGGUGCCAGUACAGCCGACGGUACCGGCAUAUCCUGGUUAUUAUCCAGCGCCGGUGCCCUAUCCGCCUUACCCCUUUCUCGGUUAGAUUUUAAUCUGACCAUCAAGCCUCUUGCGGUCCAAUUACUCUUCAAGUAGAUUUUUCUUCGGACUAAAUUUUAAUUUUGAUUUUCUUGGAUGAAUACUAGUUCUUAUGAUAAACGCUAUGAACGAUGUAAUUGUAGCUAAAACAAUACAAUUUUGU